AUGAGAGAGAAAAAGAGAGCAGAGGGAGAAGACGUAAGAAGUGACCGACCAACGGAGAGGGAGAGAGAGAAAAAGACAAAAAAGGAAAAUAGCUACUGUUCGUCUUCUCCAAGCUCUGCCCUCCGCUGCUGCUCCUCACCUCCGCGUCGCAGCGCUCGAUCCUUCGUCGAACCGCCGCAGCCGCCGCCGUUCCCCUGCGACGCCCACACCGCCGACUCGCCUGUCGCCGGAGCCCUCCGUCGCCCGCGAGCUCGACGCCCCGCCAGCAAGUCCCGAACAGAACGCCGCCACCCCUGCGAAGACGCCUCCGCUUUGACGCCGUCGCCCUACCCGGUCUCCGCCGUUGCUGUUUCGGCUCUCCGUUCGUGUUCUUUGUCCCCGCGCCACCUCUGCCGGCCGCCGCCGAUCCGCUCCCCCGAAGUCGUCGGUAGCCCGACGCCCCUACCUGCGACGUUGCUGCUGCUUUGCUCCGCUCGCCUUUGCUCUGUCUCGCCGGAGUCGGACCCGAGUCAGAUCUGCAGCUCUCCGUCCGCUCGUCGCCGCCGCCGCUCCUGCUCUGGCCGCGAUCCGCCCAGCCCAGCAACCGUCGCCCCUGUCUGCGACGCUGCCGCUGCUCUGCUCCUCCCUGCUCUGUCCGUGAGCCGAAACUCCGCCCUACAGCUCCGUCUCUGCUCCGACCAGCGACAGACGCUGCUCCUGCCCAGCACUGCCGGUCCUGCACUUCCGCGAUCACACCACCGCAGCAGCUCGCCGGAGCCGGUCGCCGAGCCCCCCUGCUGCCAGGUUUCCUCUGCCGCGCCGGGCUGCAACCCCUGA